AUGUCACCAAUACGCCGUUACCUUCGGAUCACCAAGUACUCGGUCCUCGAGGUACGCAUUUACCUCGAGAAGCCAUCAGAUGCACCAUGGCUGCUGAGCUCCCGCGAUUCGGUACUGGCUCGCGUCAUCGAGGAAGUGCGGCCGCUUGUGCUCCCCAAACUGCGAGAAGAGAAUGAGAAUGCCAAGAAAAAGAGCAGUAAGAAGCGAAGGGGGAUUAAAGAUGUCGUUACCGCCGAGGACUUCGAGGUCGCCAUAUUCCUGACCGAGCUCUCGACACGCCACUCGCUACUCACGAAGCACAAACACUUCUCCGACAAGCCAAAGCUCAAGUCCACCGGUAACAAGCUGACCGGCUGGUUGAACAACAGCGGGAACCCAAUCAACAUCGACGAAGAGGAGAAGGCACCAGAAAUCCUGCUGGAGGAGGAGGAGGAGGACGUGCCUGAGCUGAGCGAGAUUCCCGAAGUGCAGUCGAGCAAGCGAAAAUCAAAUGAGACAGGAGACGACGAGCCGCUCUUUGUGAGCUCAGACGACGAAGAUUUCUUCACGACACAACGAGAGCGCACGGGUAAGCGACGGAAGCGGCAUGCUGAACCGGAGGAAGAAUCUGUAGAAGAACCGCUAGAGCAAGUGCAAGAUGACAAGAAGAAGUUGGCGAUGAACACCUCUUACGACGGCUUCAGCAUCUAUGGUCGCAUAUUGUGUUUACUGGUCAAGCGCAAAGGCAAGAAAGCUCAGCCUGCGAGCACAGUUGUGGGUGGCAGCCAGAUGAUGGAGCAGUGGGUGUCUACGCAAGCUGCGCAGGAAGCUGGACUCGAUGACGAUGAUGAUGGUUGA